UAUAAUGUAUGUAUAUACUCUCCCUCUGUCUCACUCUAGAUUGAAACUGCAGAAUGGCAAAAUUAGGACUUCUUGCUAUUCCAAUCGGUCUGGAUCUCUUAGGCGUUCCGUAAAGAUCCCUAGUUCUACAUCUAAAUCAUGGGAGUUGACUUUUAUUAUGUUGACAGUAUCGGAUGGUGGCAGAGCCAAUUUUACUUGUAUCUCAGCCCAACAGCCUGGGUUGAAGGAUGAAGAUGAUACUCCUCGUAACAAUCUAAAGAAAGCUCUCGACAGUGCUCCUCCUUCCAGAGACUUUAGAGGAGUUCUUAAGGAAAUUGUACGGAACAAAUAUUUAGAGGUUGCCCAGAUGAAGGAGAACAAUUCGAUAUUUUCACUAAAGAAAGCUCUCGACAAUGCUCCUCCUUCCAGAGACUUUAGAGGAGCUCUUAAGGUCUCAUAUAUACGAACAGGAUCACCUGGUUUAAUUGCUGAAGUGAAAAAGGCUUCACCUAGUAGAGGAGUUUUAAGGGAAGAUUUUCAUGCUGUUGAAAUUGCAAAAGCUUAUGAGAGCGGUGGAGCAGCAUGCCUCAGUGUUUUAACCGAUGAAGAAUAUUUUCAGGGAAGCUUUGAGAAUCUAGAGGAUAUACGGAAUUCUGGAGUCAAGUGCCCUCUUUUGUGCAAAGAUUUCAUUGUGGAUGUAGUGCAACUCUACUAUGCUCGAAUAAAGGGCGCCGAUGCUGUUCUGUUGAUUGCAGCUAUUUUACCGGAUAUUGACAUCAAACGUAUGCUGAAGAUUUGCAAAAAGAUUGGAUUGGCGGCACUCGUUGAGGUACACGAUGAGAAUGAAAUGGACCGCAUGCUAGGAAUUGAUGGAAUUGAACUUCUUGGCAUCAACAAUCGUGACCUUGAAACAUUUGAAGUGGAUAUCAGUAUCACAAAGAAGUUGCUUGAAGGUGAGCGAGGAGAGAAGAUCCAGCAGAAAGGCAUAAUCGUGGUUGGGGAGUCUGGAUUGUUCACUCCUGAUGACAUUGCCUAUGUUCAAGAAGCUGGCGUGAAAGCUAUAUUGGUCGGGGAGUCGAUUGUGAAGCCGAAAGAUCCGAUACAAGGAAUUAGAAAGCUUUUUGGAAAAGAUAUAUCAGCUUAAGGUAAUCGGGAGAAAUUGGAGAUGCAGCAGGACUUUUGAUCAAACUUCUAAGAACCUGUUAUCCGUAAAAUAAAGUACAACUGGAUCUUGUUUUGUAUUACUACUUAAAACAUCAAGGCUGGUUGGUUUGCUUCGGUUCUAACACCAACCAUAAACUAAGUUCAACGACCAGGUGACCGAUGGGGCGUGGCGACAAUGAAGAUUGAUAACUUGUGUUCUCUCUCCAAGAGGUCUGAGGUGGCUACUGGUGUUAUUCUGUAAGUGGUUUGUGUUGGUCAACUGGGGUGGCCAUCGGCGUGGUUUGGAUUUGCUGUUGGCUUCCCGUUGUGUUCAUCGACUUUGGCUUAUUCAAGGAUAUUUGGUAUUUCAGGCAUGGCCUGGAUUUGUUUGGAAAUUACAGUUGCAAAUUUGAUUA